GCAGGAACAACAGCAUCAGAAUCAACGACCACCGCAGGAACAACAGCAUCAGAAUCAACUACCACCGCAGGAACAACAGCAUCAGAAUCAACGACCACCGCAGGAACAACAGCAUCAGAAUCAACGACCACCGCAGGAACAGCAGCAUCAGAAUCAACUACCACCGCUGGAACAACAGCAUCCGUACCAACUACCACUGCAGGAACAACAGCAUCAGAAUCAACUACCACCACAGGAACAACAGCAUCAGAAUCAACGACCACCACAGGAACAACAGCAUCAGAAUCAACGACCACCGCAGGAACAACAGCAUCUGAAUCAACUACCACCACAGGAACAACAACAUCAGAAUCAACGACCACCGCUGGAACAACAGCAUCAGAAUCAACUACCACUGCAGGAACAACAGCAACAGAACCAACGACCACCGCAGGAACAACAGCAUCAGAAUCAACUACCACCGCAGGAACAACAGCAUCAGAACCAACUACCACCGCUGGAACAACAGCAUCAGAAUCAACGACCACCACAGGAACAACAGCAUCAGAAUCAACGACCACCGCAGGAACAACAGCAUCAGAAUCAACGACCACCGCAGGAACAACAGCAUCAGAAUCAACGACCACCGCAGGAACAACAGCAUCAGAAUCAACUACCACCGCAGGAACAACAGCAUCAGAAUCAACGACCACUGCUGGAACAACAGCAUCAGAAUCAACGACCACCACAGGAACAACAGCAUCAGAAUCAACGAACACUGCAGGAACAACAGCAUCAGAAUCAACGACCACUGCAGGAACAACAGCAUCAGAAUCAACUACCACCGCAGGAACAACAGCAUCAGAAUCAACGAACACUGCAGGAACAACAGCAUCAGAAUCAACGACCACCGCAGGAACAACAGCAUCAGAAUCAACGACCACCACAGGAACAACAGCAUCAGAAUCAACGACCACCGCAGGAACAACAGCAUCAGAAUCAACUACCACCGCUGGAACAACAGCAUCCGAACCAACUACCACUGCAGGAACAACAGCAUCCGAACCAACUACCACCGCAGGAACAACAGCAUCAGAAUCAACGACCACCGCAGGAACAACAGCAACAGAACCAACGACCACCACAGGAACAACAGCAUCAGAACCAACUACCACCGCAGGAACAACAGCAUCAGAAUCAACGACCACCACAGGAACAACAGCAUCAGAACCAACUACCACCGCAGGAACAACAGCAUCAGAAUCAACUACCACCGCAGGAACAACAGCAACAGAACCAACUACCACCGCAGGAACAACAGCAUCAGAAUCAACUACCACCGCAGGAACAACAGCAACAGAACCAACGACCACCACAGGAACAACAGCAUCAGAACCAACUACCACCGCAGGAACAACAGCAUCAGAAUCAACGACCACCACAGGAACAACAGCAUCAGAACCAACUACCACCGCAGGAACAACAGCAUCAGAAUCAACUACCACCGCAGGAACAACAGCAUCAGAAUCAACGACCACCACAGGAACAACAGCAUCAGAAUCAACGACCACCACAGGAACAACAGCAUCCGAACCAACGACCACCACAGGAACAACAGCAUCAGAACCAACGACCACCGCAGGAACAACAGCAUCAGAAUCAACGACCACCGCUGGAACAACAGCAUCAGAAUCAACGACCACCACAGGAACAACAGCAUCAGAACCAACUACCACCGCUGGAACAACAGCAUCCGAACCAACGACCACCGCAGGAACAACAGCAUCAGAAUCAACUACCACCACAGGAACAACAACACCAGAAAUAACUACCACCACAGGAACAACAGCAUCAGAACCAACUACCACCACAGGAACAACAACACCAGAACCAACGACCACCGCAGGAACAACAACACCAGAACCAACGACCACCACAGGAACAACAACACCAGAACCAACUACCAUCGCAGGAACAACAACACCAGAACCAACUACCACCACAGGAACAACAACACCAGAACCAACUACCACCACAGGAACAACAACACCAGAACCAACGACCACCACAGCAACAACAACACCAGAACCAACUACUACAACCACUGGUACAACUGAAACAACAUUCUCAGCAACUACUUCAAUCACAACUUCUUCUACCAGUACAGAGGCACCAGUAGCCGGUCCUGUGAUCGUUUUGGAGUUCCGAAUAGAUCAACAGUUUAAUCCACGUUUAAGAGAUCGUAAUACUGAUGAAUUCAGGAAUUUUGCGAGCAUUAUAAUAAUUUCACUCGAGAGAUUAUUCCGUGGGCUGCCUAACUUUAUUCGAGUAGAGAUCCUCAGUUUCAGUCCAGGAUCCAUUGCUGUAAACAGUACCUUGGUUUUUGAAGAAAACACUCAACCACUAUCUCCUUCAGAAACAGUCAAAGUGUUGGCAAAUGAAGUGAAUAAUAGCACAAAUUUAGGGAACCUUUCAAUCAUUCGGGAAUCCAUCCAGUCUGAAGGUAUCACUGUGAACAAUUUGGAGCCAGUUUCUCUGAAUAUUACGUAUGUGAUAGAAAACGUGACUUUCACUGCUUCACUCACCAACAACGCUUCCAGUGACUUUACAAGCCUGCGAGAUGCAGUCCUCUCCUGGCUCGAAAACGUUCUCAGAUCAGGAUUUUCCCCAGAGGUGCUGCCUAAUUCUAGUGUUGUGUUCAGCAACGCUUCCUCAAAAGUACAGGUGACUGCAUUCAUCCAGAUCAACACGACCAAACUAGAAAACCGAACAUUCCUGCUAGAUCUGAUCAUUAAUAACGUUAACAUUUCAGGUUUUGAUAUCAUCAGAUCCACUGUUCGAGUAAACGGUCAGGGUCUUGAAGUUGACAGUAUUCCAGUGGCACUACGGUUUGAAACUACUACCUUCACAAUUGAGCUGAACAAUAGAUCAAGUCCUGAGUUCAUUGCACUCAGCUCCAGAGUGACAAAUGUGAUGAACAGUGUCUUUGGAAAUAAUCUGAACUUCAUUGAGGUCGUAGUCAAUGGAUUUAGGAAUGGAUCUACUAUAGCAGAUGUAACAACAGUAUUCAGUCGUGGAACAACACAGCAAUCAACUGUUACCCAAACAAUCAUUAAUAACAAUCAAACAUUCGUGAAUGCUGAUUUCAACUUGGACAUCAACUUCCUUACGGGCACAACGACCACCAUCCCAGCAAUGACCACCACCAGAACAUCAACACCCACAACCAGAAGCACAGUGUCAACUACAUCUGAAUCUCCAACAACGGCCAAUGUAACACAAGCAACAACAACAGCCAAUACCACACAGGUAUUAACAACAACAGCCAAUGCAACAGAAGCAUCAACAACAACAGCCAAUACAACACAAGCAUCAACAACAGCCAAUGUAACAGAAGCAACAACAACAGCCAAUGUAACAGAAGCAACAACAGCCAAUGUAACACAAGCAACAACAACAGCCAAUGUAACAGAAGCAACAACAACAGCCAAUGUAACACAAGCAACAACAGCCAAUGUAACACAAGCAACAACAGCCAAUGUAACAGAAGCAACAACAGCCAAUGUAACACAAGCAACAACAACAGCCAAUGUAACAGAAGCAUCAACAGCAGCAGUCAAUGUAACACAAGCAUCGACAACAACAGUCAAUGUAACAGAAGCAACAACAGCCAAUGUAACAGAAGCAACAACAACAGCCAAUGUAACACAAGCAACAACAACAGCCAAUGUAACACAAGCAACAACAGCCAAUGUAACACAAGCAACAACAACAGCCAAUGUAACACAAGCAUCGACAACAACAGCCAAUGUAACACAAGCAACAACAGCCAAUGUGACAGAAGCAACAACAGCCAAUGUGACAGAAGCAACAACAACAGCCAAUGUAACACAAGCAACAACAGCCAAUGUAACAGAAGCAACAACAACAGCCAAUGUAACAGAAGCAACAACAGCCAAUGUAACAGAAGCAACAACAGCCAAUGUAACACAAGCAACAACAACAGCCAAUGUAACAGAAGCAACAACAACAGCCAAUGUAACAGAAGCAACAACAGCCAAUGUGACAGAAGCAACAACAGCCAAUGUGACAGAAGCAACAACAACAGCCAAUGUAACAGAAGCAACAACAGCCAAUGUAACAGAAGCAACAACAACAGCCAAUGUAACACAAGCAACAACAGCCAAUGUAACACAAGCAACAACAACAGCCAAUGUAACACAAGCAACAACAGCCAAUGUAACAGAAGCAACAACAACAGCCAAUGUAACACAAGCAACAACAGCCAAUGUAACAGAAGCAACAACAACAGCCAAUGUAACACAAGCAACAACAACAGCCAAUGUAACACAAGCAACAACAGCCAAUGUAACAGAAGCAACAACAACAGCCAAUGUAAUACCAGGUUUUCUUGUGACUUCUGUGAUGUUGGCUCUCGAUGGAAUUUUUACAUCAGCAUUAUCUAAUAGUACUUCACCUGAGUUUCAGAAUCUUCGAGACAGCGUAGAAUCUCAACUUACAAUGAUAUUCCGUCGAUUUAUAAGUACUGGUUUUCGAGAAGUCAAUGUCACCAGUUUCAGGAAUGGAUCCAUUGAAGUAAUAGGUCAGCUGGAAUUUGAAACUAAUGCCAUACCACUAUCAAAUUCAGAAGCAGUGAAAAUAUUGGCAAAUGCAGCGGAGAACAAUCAAACAUUAGGGAACCUUACGAUCAUUCGCUCGAGCAUCCGCUCUGGCAAUAUCACUGUGAACAAUUUGGAGCCAGUUUCUCUGAAUAUUACGUUUGUGAUAGAAAACGUGACUUUCACUGCUUCACUCACCAACAAUGCUUCCAGUGACUUUACAAGCCUGCGAAAUACAGUCGUCUCCUGGCUCGAAAACGUUCUCAGAUCAGGAUUUUCCCCAGAGGUGCUGCCUAAUUCUAGUGUUGUGUUCAGCAACGCUUCCUCAAAAGUACAGGUGACUGCAUUCAUCCAGAUCAACACGACCAAACUAGAAAACCGAAUAUUCCUGCGAGAUCUGAUCAUUAAUAAUGUUAACAUUUCGGGUUUAGAUAUCAUCAGAUCCACUGUUCAAGUAAACGGUGAAAUAAUUUCCUUUGACUCGUUCACGCUGGAUCUUCGGUUUACAAAUCGAAGUUUCGAUGAUGCUCUGAACAACAGAUCAAGUACUGAGUUCAUAGAGCUCAGCACCACAGUGACAAACGUGAUGAACAUUAUCUUUCAAAACAAUACAAACUUCAUUGAAGUUAUAAUCAACGGAUUUAGCAAUGGAUCUGUUGUGGCUAAUAUCCAAGCAAUAUUCCUUCCUAAUACAACUCAGCGGUCUGAUGUUAUCCAGCAACUUGUCGAUAAUGUUGCCGCAUUCAGCAAUGCUAAUUUAAGCUUGGACAUCAACACCCUCACAGGUGCUAACACCACCACUGCACCCACGACCACCUCUGCCUCAACCACGGCCACCCCUGCUUCAACCACCACAGUAAACCAGCCACCUCCUGGCACAGCCUUCCCAGGAUUUGCUAUUGCAAUCAUUGUGAUGUGUCUGUUGGCUAUCAUUGCAAUCCCAAUCCUCAUCGUUGUGUCUGUUAAGACUGGAUUUUGUUCCAAAGUGGCAAACGCGUUCAGACUGGAAGGCCCUGAUGAGUUGGAUAUGAAACUUCCAAUGUUUGGUGGUCGAUCGUACAACUUCCAGUGAUGAUGGGGUGUCAAGGUGUGAUACAACAUGGACUUUGUGUCGAGAGAAGUUAACUGACAUGGAUUAUGAAGAACACAAGAACGCUGUUGAUAACACGAUUAUCUCACAAAAUCAAUGCCACACAUGAACUGUCAAACACGUGUGCUGUCAUGCUGCUCCAGAAUUAUUCUUAAAAUGGCUGCCUUCUUGAAGUGGGUGGUUUCCCUGGCAACCAGUGGACACAUUCACCACAGUGGAAAGCAUAUGCUUUAUGAGGCUGUGAGGGCAGAGUCUGCCUGGUCAAUAUCCCUUUUUGUUGGUAGUUUAGUCUUUACGUGUUAAAUGUGAGUUUAUUUUGUAAGAUUCCCCCCUCCAGCCACCAUCCCCGCUCCUCCCUCCUAGCGAAUAAUGACUUCCUUUGAGUUUCUCUGGCCAAAAAUGGAGUCAGUGUGAACAAUGUUUCUGAUGAAUCCACGAGACUUUGAGAAACCUGGCUUUGUACUGGGAAGCUUUAAUUCACCUCAGUUGUUAUAUUAUUAAUGUAAGUAAAGGUAACCCGUACUCGGUGAAGUUGUAGUCAUAUUUAAAAAGAGUUCCUUUUGCUUAGCACUGUAACUGGAGGCCAAUGAAUAAUGUGCUGGGUGGUUCAUUGGUGUAGAGUUUAAGAUGCUGAUGGGACAAAUACAGCAGUAGAAGGCUUGUAGCUGCAUAUGUCAAGCUGAAAUGGUGUUCACGAGAGGUGGAAUUCUCCCUCACUUGCAGAUGAUUUCCAAGCUGCAGUCUUUGGGAGUAUUAGGAGUAAAAAUAUCCCUGGUUCCACUGAAAAUGAGUGGAUCUGUGUCACAGGUAAUCGCUGUGUCCUCCAACACAAUUUUGAUAAAAGGACAGCUGAAAUACAAACCAACCCUAAUACUCUGAAAAUGUAUAUUUGCACAUGACACUGCUGCUAUUGUUAUCCCAAUGUCCCCAGGCAUUGCUGUUUUAUUUUGCGCGCAGAAGAAAGCUAAAGCCCCAGAAAUGGCCUCAUCAGAGGGGAGGCUGUUUGAACCAAGCUGUUUGUGAAGAAAGUGGAUUUAGUGAUCGGGGCUACAGCAGUCCCAAACAGCAUGCUCAUUCCUCCCUGCGCUCUGCUUAGCCACUUGUGAAGAUGGCCAUUUAUUCCGCACAACACUCAUUUGAAUUUUUCAGUGAGCCACAACGAUGGGACAGAGAGUCCGUGGAAUUAUUCACAAAAAGGCUUCCUAGCCCGAGAUUUUGCAUGAGCAAUUUUUUGCAAAGACAUCAUGGAUUGAGAUGCUCAGUGCAUCCAUCUGGGAUUGUCCAUCUUGCGCGGGCAUCAGUUGGUCAACAAUUAAGCUCAGACAAUUGUGCCAAUUGCUAAUGCUCCAUUUCAGUUGCAAGGCCCCAGUGUCCUGUAUGUGUGAGCCAAUGAUAUGAGGCACACUCAAUUUUCAGUGCUGUCAGUUUGUUACAAAAGACAUCACAAAUUACGUUGUGUUUUAUAAUGAGUAUUUACUUUGUGCAUUUGAUUGUGCUGAUAUUUAAGAAUUUUUUUGUUCAUAUUGUUAUGUAUUGUUUUGAGUCACUGUAAAGCUAUUAAGACCAGUGGCCAUUCAGGGAUGAGAAUGUUUAAUUUUGAUGUGGGAAAUGGGUGUGUAUAUGUAUAUAUAAUCAAUGGAAAUAUAUUUCAGAUUAGACAGGGUAUGUAAUUCCAAUUUAAUACGUGCCUCUGUUUUGAUCAUGGAAAGAAUUCUAGGCUGCCUUCAUUUGAAAUCACUGUGCUCAGGGUUCGCCUGGACAUCUAAGCUUCUUUGGAUUUCUGGAUAACACUAAUUGUUUCUUGUUACGAAAUUCACAUUAAGCCAUCGCCUUCUGGUGUACAAGUUGACAAAAUUUACGUGGGUUCAGUGACUGAAAGAUAUUUGACUCCUUAAUGAUUUCAGUUGCAUGAACCCUGCAUUUAACAGAACGACUCCUCUGCCAGGCUCAGAAUAAAACCGGCCACAACUGUUGGAAACCAGUCUUGAAGUUGAACUGGAUGGAGCCAGCUAGAAUUAACUUGGCUGAGUGUAGCUCAAGUUUGGUGGGACAUCCUGUUUGAAACUUUCCAAACAUGCAACCCUUUGUCAUACUGUUGUCAGCAAGGCUCACCCUCCGAAAACCUAGCUACUGAUUAAACACAAUGCUUCCAUAACAAAGAUCAGGGCUCAGCCUGCGGUAACUAUCUCAACAGUACAAAAAGACCUUUGUGGAUGUAUACCACCCUUCGAAGUUUGUGGAAAGUAAUGUGAUUGACAAUAAAACAUGAGAAUAUUGAAAUUGUCACAACAUCUGCUGCUUUUUCUACUGAUAUCCCUGUAUUAGCAUGAAUGAGAUUAUGGAAAAAACAAUGCAAAAAAACAGGUAUUUCCUAAGGGAGCUGCUCUGAAGGACAAUAUAUAUGUAGUGACUUUCACUUAUUCAUACUGUUUCAAGCACUGCUAAGCAUGAUGAAAAUGUGCCAUUUUUUAAAAUGUAAGACCUUUAAUUCAGGAGAUUAGUUAUCACAUGCUUUGUUGAAAACAAAUGUACAACUAAGGAGAGAUAUUUUUCUGACAUAAUGUAUUUUUUUGUAAGCGUUACUAUUAAAUAAAUAUUUCUUAUAAUUCAAA